AUGGGGAACGCAGGGCAAUUGAUGGGAAUCGCCAUGAUGGGGGUCUCUCUUCUCAUCUGUUUAUUUUGUAACGGGGAAGACAAAUGGGGUCGUUACGAUGUCGCAAAUCAAGUGGUCGAGAGCCGAAAUGAGUAUUUCGGCCUUUGGAAACGAUGUAUUUACUUGAGUACUGGAAAUUUCGACUGCGAUAAUUAUGACAAUUACGUUCUUGGUUCAAUGCCACACAUGGUCGCAGCCCGAGGAAUGGUCAUUGUUGGACUGAUGGUUCUCCCCAUCGCAAUCAUUCUUGGCCUUUUUGCAAUGGACUGCACUACAAUGAUGCAGAGCAAGAAAGCACAAGUUGUCACUGGAGUCAUCGGAACUCUUGGCGGCCUCUGCUUCUUGACUACAUCUGUGAUGAUGAUCUCGAUUCUGAUGAGAAACAUCAACAACCAAUUCUACAUGUACGGAACUCAUGUCGCUCAAGGAAGCCAAUGGAGAGGCAGAAGAGGAUUCUCCGCUGUCGCCGAACGAGGAGAAGUUUCCCCAUGCGGCGAAUUUGCUGUCGUUUGUUACGUUCCAGACGGAAGCGGAGGUUUCAAAGAGUGGCAUCCAAACAAUCCAGCUGAUGAAAAUGGCCUCAAGACGAGAUUUUAUGGCGUUCGAGCAGAAGACGACUUCAUGAGCGACUCCAAUGUUCGAUUUGCCCUUUCUACCUGGCUCGCACUUAUCGGAGGAUUGAUUGGCACUAUUGGCGGUAUUGUCUUCUUGUGCUCAAGAGGAAACGAUGAUGAAUACGAAGAAGACUACCACCCUCAAUAUUCCGCCGCAAAUUCGUACAAAGGAUCGAACAAAAGCCAUCCUAACAAGCGAGAGCCUUCGUACCUUUAA